UCUCCUGAGUCUUUCCUCACCUGAGUCCUCCCCUCACCUGUGUUUUCUCUACUGACACCAUGGGUUGCUGUGGCUGUGGAGGUUGUGGCGGCUGCGGUGGCUGUGGCGGCUGCGGUGGCUGUGGCGGAUGCGGUGGCUGCGGUGGCUGCAACAGCUGCACCACCUGCAGAUGCUACCGGGUUGGCUGCUGCUCUGGCUGCUGCCCCUGCUGCGCUGGCUGCUGUGGGGGCUGCUGCAGCACCCCCGUGGUCGUCUGCCGCCGCCGCACCUGCUGCAACUCCUGUGGUUGCGGCUCCUGUGGCUGCGGCUGUGGGAAGGGCUGCUGCCAGCAGAAGUGCUGCUGUCAGCAAAAGUGCGGCUGCAAGAGGCAGUGCUGCUGCUAGCAAGACCUACCUGGGCCCUUUACUUCUCCUGGUGAGGAAUCUGCCAUCCUGUCUGAUAUAUAUGUCUGCCUGUCCCAGGGCAUGUGGCAUCUUCCUUCUUGAUUCUGCUCUGUGUUUCAGGUUUUAUAAGGCUCUGUGGGCAUCUUAUACAAUGGCAUCCGAGGACAAGGGUGGAAAGUCCCUUAUUAUCCCUCGGUGAUGGCUGUAGCACUCAGCAUAUGUGCUACUUUCCCUGCCCUGCGGCCUGGCCUCUGCCCCGGGCAGGCUGUGGUAGGCGUGGGGGUGGAAGUGGGAAGCUCUUUAAUCUGGUCUUGGCUGAUCUAUCUGCCCUGUGUGUGAGGUGGAUCUCUUUGGGCUGUGACCAGGAUCUUGUUUAUGUGCCAUCUUUUUCCCUUUCGGUAGCCCAAGCCUUCCCACUUGAAAAGCUUCUGAAUGACCAGAAAUAGUUAAGUUCUAGGAAAUAAAUACCUCUAAGCACCAAAGCCACCCAAAGUUUUAGGCUAAUUGGCUCAGGAUCCUCAGUAUUCUCCUCCCAUCUCCUGUUCAUGCUUUUCUCUGUGAAUGUCUUCCUUUCCUCUGAGGACCAUGCAUCCCUGACAUUUCCUUUGCUGCUUUGGGUUACUGCUUACCAUCAGCAAUCCUCUAAAUGUCUAAUAAACUUUGCUCCAUUUUCUUUAAAA